UGGAGUUUGAAAAAUGAUAUACAACACCAAGUAGACGCAAAAAGUAGAACUUUUAAUAGAAAACAAAAAAUAGAAUUCUUAACAGGUCAAAAACGAAGAGAAAAUUCUUUAUGUUGAAGAAUAAAAACACAAACCAAAUGAAAGAUAAAAGUAUUGGUACAUACUGAAGAGAAGAAAAAUAUAAAUAAACAUGAUCAGUAUUGCUGUUUUACAUAUAUUAUUGGAUACAGCAUUAUCUGACGUCAUACCAAUACGUUACAACAGUACUUAUGUUAACACAUUUAAUGAUAUCAAUAUUGCGGAUAUACCUUUCAUAACUGUGUUCAGUUAUACUCAAAUUCUAGAUGAAAAUAGUUUGUUUAAUCAAAAUAUGGAUGAUGGCUGCUAUCACAAAAAUGAGGAACUCAAAGAACCUGCUAAAAAUUAUAGAUCAAUUCAAUUGAAAAAUCCUAAAAUCAGACAUUUUAAAGUGCUCGACACAUUCCACUCUUCUGGCGGAGAUGUAAAAGUAGAAUUUUAUACCACAUGGGAAUCGAUUGAAAACGCAACGUUUUUAUCUUUUGUAAAUAGUGUGGAACUGUCGCGAGCUUUUACUUUAAAAGUAAACAAUGAUCCAGAUAGUGUUGGCUAUCUUUCCAAUGGAAACUAUGCAACUAACUGUAAAAACAUUGAGUAUUAUUCAGCACCUUCCGUAUGGUGCAGAGUCUCUGAAUUUUAUAAAGACAAAAUUAUUAAAGGUGGUUCUUUUAUGUUUAACAACCAAUGUGUUAUUAACUAUGAAAUUCAAAAUAAAAAAUUUAUAAACAUGUGGAAACCUUCUUCUGCUGAUAUUCAUUUUAGAAAGCAGUGCAUAACACUACAGAAAAAAUUAAAUUACAAUGAUUCAAUCAAAAUGAAAUAUCAGUUUUUGUUUAAUUCCUCUUGCACACAAUCAUGUUUACAAAAUUUCUAUAAAGUUGAGUUUGAAACAAAUGGGAUAGCUCUUGUUUCUAAAUUAGUUGUUGGAAAUUCAUUGAGAAAUAACAGUCUGGAUUUGAACUUUACUGUCAUCUUUAAGAAAUGGACAUUUCCGUUUGUUGAAGUGUUCUGCAAUGCAUAUGCAUACUGUGACUUUCCUUACAAUGGUACUACUCUAGAAAUAUUAAUGGAAAUCCAAGAUUACAAUAAAUAUAACAGUGAAAAUGGAAUUGCGUUCAGAGCUCUUGUUUGGGUUUUGUUUAUGUUUGUUCCUGCAUUUAUGAUUAUUACAGCUUUGAUUUUUUGUUUUCUUACUCGAUCAAGGUCCAAAGGAUUUGUUUUGACUGUAUGGCAGUAUUGGAAAAAAAGAAAUUAUAGUGAAGGCUCAAAAUCCUCAAACAGUUUAAGUUAAACGUUUAAAAUCUGAAUUUGAACGAAGAAUUUAUAGUGAAGGUUUAAAAUCGUCAAACAGUUUUAAUUAAGUCUCGACACUAAAGAUCUAAAUUUGAACGACAAAAGUUUUUUUGUUUUUAAUAAUCAAAAUUAUUAAUUA